AUGACGGUUGAAGAAGCGAGGAAGGAGCCGAGGACGAGAAGAGAAGAGCGAAGGGGUGCAGAAGGCGCAGCAGGUCUGGCUUCACUUCACCCCACGCCCUCCCCUUCCCGAAUUCCCCGGUUCCCGCCCCAUGCUUCCUUGUUCGCGUUGUCUGGGGGUCUCGCUUUACAGAACAAGAGCGGCGAAGACACCGGCGGCCAGAGCAACACCCGCGGCGGCGCUCUGCUCGGCACCGAAGGUGACGACGACGGUCGGCUGGGCCCCAGGGUACUAGCCAGGCGCCGUGGGCGUAGUGCCCGAGAUCACCCGGGACCACAGGGACUCCAGGGUCCCCGGUCGGCACAUCGGAGGAACAGACGCAAAGGACUGGCUAUGAGAAUUGGGGGUACAGCCGGUGGUCUUGCAGUCGUCUUUGUAGUUGGUCGUCUGGAGGAGUGGUGGCUUGUCAGCAGAGUUACUUCUUCUAUCCGUCCGUCGUCAACUCCGGCAGUACGUCGUCGCGCGGUCCCACACCUUGGUGAUGGCGUAAAUGCCCGUCCCGUUGUGGCCUACCCCGUUGUUGACGUGGUGGGGGAGGAAAGCAGCGGAGACGGUACCGGCAGUGGCGACGAGGCUGAUGGCCGCGAGGCCCGACUGGAUCUACAUCCCUGUCUAUCUGGUCUCUCUCUUGCCAGUGUCUUUGGCGAGGUCGUUGACAGUCUUCGUCGCGGGGAUUCGGAGCUAGAAGUUGAGCACUGGAGGGAGCUGAGGUUCCGAGGUCCGAGAGUUUCGAGCAAUAUUUAA